AUGCCGAACGAAAUCUUGAACGAGAUCUCGCAUCGUCGAUACAAUCCACUGCGCGAUACAUGGGUUCUCGUCUCACCUCACCGCACCAAACGUCCCUGGCAGGGCCAGCAGGAGUCGCCAGGCGUUAUUGACCUCCCUCAAUACGACGAGAAGUGCUACCUCUGCCCGAAGAACAAGCGUGCCAGUGGUGAUUCGAAUCCAGAUUAUACAGACUGUUAUGCAUUUGUGAACGACUUUAGUGCUGUGAAAGAGGUGCAGGAUGAUCAAGAUUACAAGCCAGACGGUGCGGGUCCUGCGGGUAUUGAGGCUGAACUGUUACAAGCAAAGCCAGAACGGGGCAAAUGCUAUGUAUUGACCUUCUCGAGGAGGCACGACCUUACACUAGCGGAUAUGAGUGCUGAGGAGAUCAGGAAGGUAGUCAAGAUGUGGACAGAUAUCUAUACCUCGCACCUGAGCCCGAAAUCACCGCUGGCAGGUCUGAGGAGAACCAUUUUCACGCCUCCACAAAGUCCAAGCAACGAUGGCAAGGCACAGCCCGAGCAGUAUCGACAUAUGCAGAUCUUCGAGAACAAGGGCGCAGCCAUGGGCUGUUCGAAUCCUCAUCCCCACGGUCAGAUCUGGACCCAAACCAACGUGCCCGAAGAGCCAGGAAGCGAACUCCUGAACCUGAUAAAGUACAAGAAAGAGAAGGGACGGCAUAUGCUCGUUGAUUACGCAGCUCUUGAGAUCAUGAAGGAGGAACGGGUGGUGUACCAGAACAAUAGCUUCUUGGUCUUGUGUCCAUGGUGGGCGACUUGGCCGUUCGAAGUCAUGCUUCUGCCCAAGCGCCAUAUUCGGGCUCUAGUCGAUCUCGAUGACACAGAGCAGGCCGAGCUCGCGAGUUGUAUCGCAGAGAUAACAAGAAGAUACGACAAUCUAUUUGAGACGAGUUUCCCUUACAGUAUGGGUAUACACCAGGCGCCUCUCGAAGGUCCGGAAGACGAGAUCGAGAGCUCGAGCUUACACGUUCACUUCUAUCCUCCACUCCUGCGGAGCGCAACUGUGAGGAAGUUCCUUGUGGGCUACGAGAUGUUGGCUGAACCACAGAGGGACAUUACGCCUGAGCAGGCUGCCAGUCGAUUGAGAGAUUGUGGCGGAGAAUUGUAUAGGAAGAAGUUGAAGAGCACAGAAGCUAAGCAGGUCGAGGUGUCACCGUCCGGUUUCAAAGCUACGUCUCAGCCAGCAUCUUGA